AUGUUCACCGUCCUUGCUGUCAUUGCUAUGGUUGGCGCCGCCCACGCUGGUGGCCUCUACGGAGGAUACGCCGCUCCAGCUAUUGCCGCUCCGGUCGCUGCCGCCCCUUAUGCUGCCUACGGUGCCGCUCCCAUCGUUGCUAAGGCUCCAGUAGUGGCUGCUGCUCCCGUAGCCUAUGCCGCCCCUGUUGUUGCCAAAGCCCCGAUUGCAACUUCUGUGCGUUAUGAGAGCCGUGCCUAUGCUGCUCCUAUAGUUGCCAAGGCUCCCAUUGUUGCCGCCGCCCCUGUGGCCUACGCUGCCGCUCCCGUUAUUGCUAAGGCCCCGGUUGCCCUUGCUGCCCCUGCCUACGGACACGGCUGGUAA